AUGGAGUCCAUUACUCCUCCUCAUUCUAGCAACGGCCAUGGCAAUCCAUUAAAUAAUCCUAAUCCUAAUUCUAAUUCUAAUACCUUACCAACCUCCUCUAAGCCCUCGAAUCAAAUCAUCACCAAUACAUCUCCUCCAGCCGCGCAAAACUCAGACCUAGAUGCCAAUGAAUCUCCCAUAACCUCUCCAACCAUCACCUCACCCAGUUCGACAAUCUCCCCUCCUUACUGGCAACAAUCGCACACACGCUCGAUUUCCCACAUCUCAAUAGAUUCGAUCCACCCAAGCGGGAUCACUCUGCAGGACAAUACUGCAGAUGGAGAUGAAGAUGAUGCCAAUAUCAAUGGAAGGGGGAAAAAUGAAGCUUGUUGGGCGAGAAGUGUAGUAAUUGAAGAUUAUGUCGUUGUGAAUGGGAGUGGAAUUGGUGGGAUAGGAGGGAUUGCGGGGAAGGGACUGGGGAUAGGAGGGGGCAUUGGCGCAUUUGUGGUGUGGAAUGUGAAGGUUGAUACUUUGGAGGGAACUCCAAUAAUAAUCCGCAAACGCUACAGCGAAUUUGCAGAUCUACGAACGAAACUCCUUCGCACAUUCCCGAAUUCGGCGGGCACAAUACCAGAGUUGCCGAGGAAAAGUGUUAUAUCGAAGUUUCGACCGAAGUUUUUGGAAAAUCGGAGGAGUGGUUUACAGUAUUUUCUCAAGUGA